AUGCGCAGCGCCAAGCCAAAACGAAGGAGUCGAGAAAGAUGGGAAAUCGAGCAUCAUUCUCUUUGGGAGGGGGGGACUUUGACCGCUGCCCCCUGCACACACGGGGCAGCUGGAGCGAGCAACAACACAUCGGCGUCCUCCGCCAAGUAUUAUGCGAAGGGGGGGGGGCGUGGUCGCCUCGAGUCAAGCACCGUCGAGGAGGAGGACAAAUCGAGCGGGCGGUCCGCGAGGAUCAGCUCACGAAAAAACACCGAGGACCGCGCUCUUGCCCAAAAGGCAGUUGUUGCCAUCAAUGGGCGGCGGAAGGGGACCAACCCCCCUGUCUGCCCGCGUUACCGCUCUGUGUUGAAGAUUGGCAUGGAAAUCUAUCCUGUGAUCGAUCGUGGGCUUGUAUCAAAGGUCGCCGUCAUCGGGGCUGUGAAGGCUACCUAUCGUACGUGCGCUCGCAAGAUGGAAUUGGGCCGCUGCCCUUCGAGGGUUGAACACGACAGCGACGACAAUUUGGGUGGCGCCUGCCCCAUACUGCGUGCGGAAUGCCAGACUGAAAGGAGAAUACUGCGGCCCCAAAAUGUUGCCGUCAUGGCCCUUAGUAGACUUGCCAAUUCCAGUAACUACUGUCCGGCUGAAAUCCACUCGUAUAGUCAUACUCGAUCGGUCAAGGUAUCCUUUGCCCGUGCUACCGCUCCGGUACUUGCGUCCACAAAGCAAAACCGCAGGGAUCAUCAGCCGAAUCUUGCUAGCCUGCGUACGGGUAGUGGGUUGAAUAUACCGAACCAGGGCCCCUUUGUUGGCACCAAGUCAAGAGGGAAAAAAAAGAAAAAAGAGGCUACCGGAGAAUAG